AAUUGUAUAUAGUUUGAAAUGCAAGUGUGUAUCUACUUAUAUAUACAUCGUAUUUGAUUAAAAGAAUACAAGCUGGUGCGUUCUUGUUUUGGAGUAAACAUCCCAGUGGUCAUGGCUAUAAAAUAUUUGUUGCCAUUUACUUUAGAAAUGAUAAAUGAAUGAUGACCUUUUUCCAUACACUGGUAGAUGGUGUGGUGUUCAGUACAAAUAGAUUUGUCUAGAAAGUUCUGUUAAACCAUGAGCUCAAGUUGAAACAAGGACAAAAAGACAAGCACUAUGCCUAUAGAAGGCUGAAUUGUUUUCCCUGGAUGAUGGAUGGAGGUAGAUCUUUGCUCUUUUUAUGGUUAUAUAAUACCUAGAGUCUACGUCAAGUCUGCUGUUUACAUUGAUCCAGCCUAGAAAUGAAUCAUGCAAGCCGCCAGAUCAGAGCUGCUCAGCUUUUCCUUCAGAGGCAAACAUAGUUUUUGUAUUUUUUAAAAAAAAGUGUCAUCAGGAGGAACAGGAAGGCUUAUUGUUGUUUAAAAAAAAAAAAAAAACCUUAUCUGUUCCUUUAUAAGGAAACCAUGAUGGAUGAUUUAUGCAAGGCCAAAAGGAAAUGCAAAUUUUGGAGAAGUUAUGCAAAUUGCUUAGUAUAUGAGCCAUUGUACUUUAUGGCGGGAUGAAGUAAGUAUGCGGAGCUCACCCAGUGUGAUUUUAUAAAUUGGCAUAAACGUUAUGAAUAUUCAAACGAACAGAAUUAAUGAACAAAACACUGAUACUAGAGCAGAAGUAAGAAAGAAGAAGAAAAACACACACACACACACACACACACACACACACACACACAAACUCUCUUUGGUCUUUAGACCUCAAACACAAAGAUGAAAAUUUAAAGUGGUCCAGAUUAAUGCUGUACUGUAUGGAUGUAUGGCUUAUGAUUAUAUUGCUAAAUAUUGAUAUUGAUUGUUUGCACAGCUGCUCAAAAGUCCGGAUCUUGAUACUCCUUAACAAACCUUGUACUGUGCAGCCCAAGAUCGUAGAAAAGACUGUAAAUAAAGGAAAUGACCAAAAAUUGUUUCACCACACAAAGUCUAGAAUCCAAAUAUGAAAAAAAAAAUCUCCACUUUAAAUGUGUACUCUGGAAGCUUCUUCUGUUUUCAUAAAGUAUGUGAUAAAAAUGAGAGUAACGUAUCUUACUGAUCUUGUAUCGUAAUCACAAUGAAAACAAGCACAGGAGAAAUGUGAGCUUUUUGUAGUAUUUGUUGUUUUAACGCUAAAAAGAAGGAACAUCUCUAACUCCACUGAAUAAUAGGGCAGACCCUGUGAGCACUGUUUGACAAUCAGAACAGAGCUGCAUGUACUUCAAAUGUACUUCAUUUAGCAAAUUACUCCAAGAAAACUCUGCCAUAUGUUUUAGAGAGUAGAGAGAGGUCACAUCGCAAACAAGGCUGAGGAUUGUGUGAUGGGCGAGGAAGUAAAGUUCUCUCUUAUUUCUUCAUUCGUCACGUUUAUUUGUUUGCUUUGACAGUUUGUAACAUUCAUGCCAAAAGUAUGUAUCAUAUUUGAGAAGAGAGAAAGGGAUGCUAUAUCAGUGAUGAUGAAGAUGUGCAGUGGAGCUGUAGUGACAGAUUUAAUGUAUGUUAAUCCUGACACGUGCUGGCAUUGGGUCAUGUCAGGAGAGGAGGAGGAGAAGGGGUGUUGCUCUUUUUAUAAGAGUAGAGGAGGGGCGUGGCCGUGGAUGAAAGGAGGAGGGACGUUAUUGUCCGGAAGAGUGGAGGUGGGGCAUUAAUGUAUUCAGGAGGACCGAGGAGGGUCGUUACUCUUUCAUCCCUCAGUGAUCCUCACUAGUUAAACGCAUGCACUCUGAGAGACAGCGAGAGAGCAUCAGCAGCACACGGUGCUACCGGAAGUCACAAGCCUGUAACAGGCGUGGGGAAUUAGUGGCAUAAACAUGGACACCACAGGCUCUCUGAAGAUGACUGUUGUGGCCUCCCAGAGCAUAUUCAGCCACGUGGAGGAGGAGAACCUGCCAGCCCUGAGAGCUUACCUGGACAAACACCGUGACGUGGACAGCAGGAGUGAUAACGGACAGACUCCUCUCAUGUUGGCGGCUGAGCAGGGCAGCGUAGAGAUUGUGCAGGAGCUCAUAAGAAGAGGAGCCAACGUUGAACUGGAUGAUGUGGAUUGCUGGACUGCACUGAUUUCCGCCUCCAAGGAGGGCCAUGUUGAGGUGGUGAAGGAGCUGCUGGCCAACAAUGCAAAUCUGGAGCACAGAGACAUGGGCGGCUGGAGCGCUCUUAUGUGGGGAGCGUAUAAGGGCCGUGUGGAGGUGGUUCGCCUUCUGUUGGAGAAAGGAGCAAACCCGAACAUCACUGGACAGUACAGUGUAUACCCCAUCAUUUGGGCAGCAGGCCGAGGCCAUGCCGAAAUUGUUCGGCUUCUACUACAACACGGUGCUAAAGUCAACUGCUCUGACAAGUACGGCACCACGGCAUUGAUCUGGGCAGCGAGGAAAGGCCAUUAUGACUGUGUGAUGCACCUGCUGGAGAACGGUGCUAAUGUGGACCAGGAAGGAGCGAACUCAAUGACGGCUCUGAUCGUGGCAGUGCGUGGCGGUUACACAGAGGUGGUGAAAGAGCUACUGAAGAGAAACCCGAACGUGAACAUGACGGAUAAAGACGGAAACACGGCACUGAUGAUCGCUGCAAUGGAGGGCCACACUGAGAUAGUGCAGGAUCUGCUGGACGCAGACACCUACGUCAACAUUCCUGACAGGAGUGGAGACACGGUUCUAAUUGCGGCAGUGCGAGGAGGCCAUGUGGAGAUUGUCCGGGCUUUACUGCAUAAAUAUGCUGACAUUGAUGUUAAGGGCCAGGACAGCAAGACUGCCCUCUACUGGUCAGUAGAAAAAGGCAACGCCACCAUGGUGCGAGAUAUCCUGCAGUGUAACCCUGAGACAGAGGCCUACACCAAGGAAGGCGAGACUCCUCUUAUUAAAGCUACCAAAAUGAGAAACAUUGAGAUUGUUGAGCUUCUUCUCGACAAGGGAGCGAAAGUGUCUGCUGUGGACAAGAAAGGAGACACAGCGCUGCACAUCGCCAUCAGGGGUCGUAGCAGAAAGUUGGCCGAGCUGCUCUUGAGGAACCCUAAGGACGGCCGCCUACUCUACAAGCCCAACAAGCAGGGCGAGACGCCCUACAACAUCGACUGCACGCACCAGAAAAGCAUCCUCACCCAGAUCUUUGGUGCCAAGCACUUGUCCCCUACGGAGUGUGACGGCGACAUGCUGGGUUAUGACCUGUACAGCAGUGCGCUGGCUGACAUCCUUAGCGAGCCCACCAUGCAGCCACCCAUCUGCGUGGGUCUGUACGCUCAGUGGGGCAGCGGCAAAUCCUUCCUGCUCAAGAAGCUGGAGGAUGAAAUGAAGACGUUUGCAGGCCAGCAGGUGGAGCCAUUGUUUCAGUUCUCUUGGCUGGUGGUGGUGCUGACUCUGCUGCUGUGCGGCUCUGUAGCUGUGAUUCUUGGCUUCUCUGUCGAUCCCAGGCUGGCCAUUGCUGUGGCCCUCAGCCUGCUUGCUCUGCUCUACAUAUUCUUUGUGCUGGUGUAUUUUGGAGGGCGCAAAGAGGGCGAGAGCUGGAGCUGGGCGUGGCUCAUCAGCACCAGGCUUGCACGCCACAUCGGCUACCUAGAGCUGCUGCUCAAACUGAUGUUUGUCAACCCACCAGAGCUUCCUGAGCAGACUACCAAGGCCUUGCCUGUCAGAUUUCUCUUCACAGACUAUAACCGCCUGUCGAGUGUGGGUGGGGAGACCUCCAUGGCUGAGAUGAUUGCCACGCUGUCAGAUGCAUGCGAAAGAGAAUUUGGUUUCUUGGCCACCAGACUCUUCAGAGUCUUUAAAAACGAUGAGACGCAAGGAAAGAAGUGGAAGAAGACAUGCUGCGUGCCAUCUUUCGUUCUGUUUGCACUGACUCUGGCAUGCCUGGUGACUGGUAUGGCCCUCUUGGCUAUAUUUAAAGUGGAUUCAGCUAAUGUGACAGUAAAAGCGGUGCUAGUGGCUGUGGCCAGCGUGGUGGGCCUCGCUCUGCUGCUCAACUGCAGGACCUGGUGGCAGGUGGCCGACUCUGUGCUGCGCUCGCAGAGGAGGAGGCUGCACAGUGCCGCCAACAGCAUGCACAAGCUGAAGAGCGAGGGAUUCAUGAAGGUGCUCAAAUGUGAAGUGGAGCUCAUGGCUAAAAUGGCGAAGACCAUCGAUGGCUUCACUCAGAAUCAGACUCGUCUGGUCGUCAUCAUCGAUGGCCUGGACUCCUGUGAACAAGAUAAAGUGCUGCAGAUGCUAGAUACGGUGAGGAUUCUCUUCUCCAAGGGCCCCUUCAUCUCCAUCUUUGCCAGUGACCCCCACAUCAUCAUUAAAGCCAUCAACCAGAACCUGAACAGCGUGUUGCGUGAUUCCAACAUCAACGGCCACGACUACAUGCGCAACAUAGUGCACCUGCCCGUCUUCCUGAACAGCCGUGGCCUCAGCACAGCCAAGAAGCUCAGCAUGGCUGCGCCAACCAACGGAGAUCUGCUUGCUGCUGAGGCAUGGCAUGAGGAUUUGGACAGAAAGUUUCAGUCUCAGAACAGUCUCGGAGAGCAGGCCAAGCAGGGCAGUAAAUCGACUCUGAACAGGAGGGAUACAUACCGGAGGCGUCAGAUGCAGCGUACAGUCACACGCCAGAUGUCGUUUGACCUGACCAAGCUGCUAGUUACUGAAGACUGGUUUAGUGACAUCAGCCCUCAGACCAUGAGGAGACUCCUCAACAUCGUUUCAGUCACAGGGCGCCUCCUCCGAGCCAAUCAGAUCAUCUUCAACUGGGACCGGCUGGCGUCAUGGAUCAACCUAACGGAGGAGUGGCCUUACCGGACGUCCUGGCUCAUCCUCUUCCUGGAGGAGAAUGACAUCGUCUCGGACCAGGUCACGCUCAAGACCAUCUACGAGAGGAUUUCCAAAAACAUCCCCACCACCAAAGAUGUGGAACCCCUGCUGGAAAUCGAUGGAGACAUCCGCAGCUUUGAAGUGUUCCUGUCCUCCCGAACCCCCGUGCUCACGGUCCACGACGUGGAGAUGUUCCUACCCUGCACCGUCAACUUGGACACCAAACUUCGAGAGAUCAUUGCAGAUGUGCGUGAUGCCCGGGAGCAGAUGCACCUCGGAGGAGUGAGCUAUCCCACAAUGCCCCUGCAGGAGGCUCCGGCAAGGCCGCACUCAGUGUUUGGACAGGGUCCUGCAGCCUGCUCGCCCACCGGUUCCUUUCCCGCACAGACUCACAGCAGCUACUUCAGUGGCCUUACUGGCCCACAACACCCCUUCUACAACCGGCCUUAUUUUCCUCCUCAUGUUUAUCACGUGCCCCGUCAUUAUCCCGGCAACCCCCUCCAAGCCCCCUCCCGCCCUUCCUCCAAACUGGCCUUCUAUAAGGACCACAACUCAGGACUAGGUGUUAUCAGAGAAGAUGCCUUCGAAGGUUCCCCCUACCUCACCUCCCCCUUUAUGACAAAGUCUCAGCCUCCCAGAGUAAAGCAGGGCUCUGAUUCUGCAGUACUGCCUGGGCUCCUUAGUUCUCUUAGCACUGAUGGUGUAUGUGAAAGACUGCGCCAAAUCGAGGGCCUGGACUCUAGCAUGAUGGAGCAAUACAUCACCACUAUCAAAAAGGCGAAUGUGAACGGUCGUGUCCUGUGCCAGUGUCAGCUGGAGGAGCUCAAGAAGGAGAUGAACAUGAAUUUUGGGGACUGGCAUCUCUUCAAAGCAAUGGUGCUGGAGCAGCGGCAGGUGGAAAGCCAGCUGCUGCAGGAGGAAUGUGUAAUGGUUAGUGAGCAGGGAGGCAGUGCAUUGGUUCAGCCUGAACCUCCUCCUGUCUGUUCUACAGCCGCCCCCCAAAGCAAUCUUCAAUACAGCCUGAACCUCAGCUUCGAGGAGCUCAGCACUGCCGGACUGGAGGAGCCGGCCAGACCCCCCAUCAACCACUGGAUGGUUGUGAAUCAUAGGACUGCCAGCAUGUCCAGUCUGAAUUCUCAGGAGUCAUCCAAUGACAUUAGUAAGUUGACUGACAGGCAGCAAGCAGAGUACCGCAGUGCCUACCAGGACUACAUCUCUCACAUGGCUCAGCUGGAGGCAGGUGGCUCUGGGGCCGAGAGAUCAGACGACAAAGCAAAGGAUGGCGAGCAGGAAGGCCGCAAACCCUUCAAGAGAAACUCUAAAGCAGGAGAGAGCGUGAUGGACUACUCCACUACCCAGGACUCUGGUCUUCUCCAUCCAAUCACGGAGGAGGAUGAGAAACCGGAGCGUAAACCCUCUGUGAGCCGCACCAAGGGACCGGGGCCACGCUACCACAGUGUACCCAAUCAAGAGUAUGAGGAGGAGUGUGUGCCCGAGGAAAAUGAUGCCACACCCCUCCUCUGGGAAGCGCAGCAAGAGGAAGUGCAGGCAAAGAGCUUUAUCUCUGCCGGGAUGGACAAAAAAGAGUCGUCUGACUCGGGCAUGAGGUCGAGCGGCAGCUCCUCUAAUCAUUCACUACAGGACGAGGAGAGUGAGGAUGAGAAGUCGAAAGAGGAAGACCUUGUGACCACAAUACGCAUGUCCAUCUGCUCAGAAGCUCUAUCUGAGGCCAGCAGCCCCGAAGAGAACUGGGACACCUCACAAACACACAUGCAGGCCGUCACCAACCUGAACCAGGCAGCCAGCAACAACUCGCCCCUCAACAACAACAAUAACGGUGACGAGCGCAGCCUCAUCAUCUCUCCAGGAUCGAGCACUGGCACCAGAGCCCUGCUCAACCACAACCUUCUCACUGUGCGAAUGAAGAAGAGCACGAACACUACGCAGGAGGAGGGCAAUGAAGAACGAGAGAGUGUGCUAUAAAGAGCAGGAUUUUUUUUUUUUUUAUUUUUUUUUUAAUAAACUGAAUUAAAUAUAGUACAAAGAAAGAGUUUGUCCUGCUACGCUCAGUUCAUGAUAAAUGUGCAAUUGUGCAGAGUGGAAGUGUUGAGUUACUAAUUCUGUGUAUUUAAUGGAAGAUGUUCAGGUAAAUACAGCCAUCUGUGGUCAAUAGGGUGCU